UUUCUCCCUUCGUUACUCAAGCUUGUGAGCUUAAAUAGGAGUUUAAAGCAGAAGAAGAAACAAACGAAAAUCAUCAGCCAUGGACGUUCUCAGAGCUUCUUCUUCCAUUGUUUCUGCACCGAGCGUUUUAACUACUAACACCCAAUUUCAUAAACCCACCUUUUUGUUGAAAUCUGGGAUCAAAUCAUCUUUCAAUCCUCUUCACAGAAACCCAUCGAAAUCCAGGUUGUUUACGACAUUAUCAUCGUCCCCAACGACGGAAUCCGUCGAGCCACCUCUGCCGGAAAUUGAGAUCGACGACGACGGGAAAGAGAAAUUCGAUUGGUAUUCACAUUGGUACCCGGUGAUGCCGGUGUGUGACUUGGAUAAAACGAAGCCGCAGGCGAAGAGGAUAUUGGGGCUUGAUCUCGUGGUGUGGUGGGAUAGGAAUGAGAAUGAAUGGAAGGUGUUUGAUGAUAUGUGUCCUCAUAGAUUGGCUCCUUUGUCGGAGGGGAGAAUCGAUCAAUGGGGAAGAUUGCAGUGUGUUUACCAUGGUUGGUGCUUUGGUGGCAAUGGUGACUGCAAACUCAUUCCUCAAGCUCCCUCCGAUGCACCCCCGGUGCAUACAUUCAAGAAAGCAUGUGUGGCUGUGUAUCCGAGCACGGUGCAGAAUGAUAUUGUAUGGGUUUGGCCAAAUGCUGAUCCUCAAUACAAAGAUAUUAUAACAAAGAAAAAGCCCCCUUAUUUUCCUGCAUUGGAUGAUCCUUCAUACACAAAGCUAAUGGGAAACAGAGAUAUCCCUUACGGGUAUGACAUCUUGAUCGAGAAUCUUAUGGAUCCUGCUCAUAUUCCGUAUGCACAUUACGGAGUAGGACGCAUCCCGGAACCCGAGGUGAAGGUUGACAGAGAAGGGGGCAGACCAUAUGAGAUGCAAGUCAAGAAGUUGGACAUAAAUGGUUUCACCGGAAAGCAGGACGGGACCAAUUCGUUCUUUAUUGCACCUUGCAUCGUUCAUUCUUACGUCGAUGACGGUACUGAUCCCAUGGCUGAUCAAGGAGAUGGAUCUGCAGCAUCUUCUGAAUCCCGAAAGGCACCACCACCAAAUCGAAGUCUUUCUUUGAUUUUUAUGUGUGUUCCGGUUAGUCCAGGUAAUAGCAGGGUGAUUUGGACUUUCCCGAGAAACUUUGCUGUUUGGAUUGACAAAAUUGUUCCGAGAUGGAUGUUUCACAUUCGAUCGAAUCUGUUUUUCGACUCUGAUCUGUAUCUUCUUCAUUUUGAGGACCGUAAGAUAAUGGAAAUAGGGGUUACCAAUUGGCAAAAGGCUUGUUUUGUGCCUACAAAGUCGGAUGCCUUUGUGGUCGGUAUCCGGAGGUGGUUCAACAAGUAUGCCGGCGGUGAGAUUGAUUGGAAAGGGAAGUCUAGUGGAGCUCUUCUUCCGUCCCCUCCUAGAGAACAGCUGAUGGACAGGUACUGGACUCAUGUGGUGAAUUGCAAGAGCUGCAGAACUGCGUAUAAAGGUCUCAAUGCACUCGAAGUAAUGCUUCAGAUCAUGUCGGUUGUUUCCAUCGGGAUCAUUGCCGCAACGAAGCAGAACAUGAUGUCGAUGGUGGCUAGAACAGCGAUCGUAUCGACCGCCAUCAUUUGCUUUGCAGCUUCAAGAUGGUUGGCUCAUUUCAUCUACAAGACCUUCCAUUACCAUGACUAUAACCAUGCUGUUGUGUAAAUUUGAAUAUAUAUAUAUAUAUAUAUCUUUGUAU